AGGUGUUGUGCAGAGAGGCGCCAGCGCCGAGGCGGGGCCGAGCAGGCUGAAGGGCGCCGGGACUGCGGCGCGGACACCCGGCUCGGGAUUCCUGCGGCCGCGCGGGCCACCCGCGCCAGGUCCUGGCACCCGGGCGGCGGCAGGCGGACCCGAGCGCCGAGCGCGCUGGCCGCGGAGCUCGGACAGGGUUAAGCCAUCACCUGCCUUGAAGUGCGACCCAGAUGGGAAGUAGGAAGUGCGGCGCCUGAGCUUCCUGUAUAAAUAAACGCGGCUCCCGGCGCUGCCGCCGCGCUGCGCCCCACGCUCGCCCUGCGCGGUUGCCCGCGUCGCAGCUGCCCAUCAAGGCCGGGAGGCGGACAGGGACUCCUCCUCUUCCCCAGCGAUAGGUCCGGGCGCGCGCGUCGCUGGCGAUCCUGCGAAGUGUGAAGCUGUCAGCCGCAGAGCGCGGAGGGAGAGGGAAGGGAACGGGAGAGCGCCUCCGCCUCGGCGUGCGAGCCGAGCAGCCCGGGCUGGCGCUGCGCGCAGGACUGGCUGGUGCGGAGCCGCGGCCAAGGGGACACAGCCCUCCUGCCAGGGAUUGAGGAGACAGAAGAAGGCUGAGGACAGGCUGAUGGGCUCAGUCGGUAGGCUCCACUACCUCACCAUGACUGCUGAAAACCCGACGCCUGGAGACCUCGCUCCGACCCCCCUCGUCACUUGCAAGCUCUGCUUGUGCGAACAGACCCUGGACAAGAUGACCACACUCCAGGAAUGCCGGUGCAUCUUUUGCACAGCUUGCCUGAAACAGUACAUGCAGCUGGCAAUCCGAGAAGGAUGUGGGUCUCCCAUCACUUGCCCUGACAUGGUGUGCUUAAACCACGGGACCCUGCAGGAAGCUGAGAUUGCCUGUUUGGUACCUGUGGAUCAGUUUCAGCUUUAUCAGAGGUUAAAAUUUGAACGAGAAGUUCACCUGGACCCUCACCGAACGUGGUGUCCUGUUGCGGACUGCCAGACAGUGUGCCCUGUGGCAGCAGGUGACCCAGGACAGCCUGUGCUGGUGGAAUGCCCUUCUUGCCACCUGAAAUUCUGCUCCUGUUGCAAGGAUGCUUGGCACGCCGAGGUCUCCUGUAGAGACAAUCAGCCCAUGGUCCUGCCAACAGAGCAUGGGGCCCUUUUUGGGACAGACUCAGAAGCCCCCAUUAAGCAAUGCCCAGUGUGUCGUGUGUACAUCGAACGCAACGAAGGCUGCGCCCAGAUGAUGUGCAAGAACUGCAAGCACACGUUUUGCUGGUACUGCCUGCAGAACCUGGACAAUGACAUUUUCCUCAGGCACUAUGACAAAGGACCAUGCAGGAAUAAACUCGGCCACUCGAGAGCAUCAGUGAUGUGGAAUCGAACACAGGUGGUAGGAAUUCUGGUGGGAUUGGGCAUCAUUGCCUUGGUGACUUCACCAUUGUUACUUUUGGCCUCCCCAUGCAUCAUCUGUUGUGUCUGCAAAUCCUGUCGGGGCAAGAAGAAAAAGCACGACCCAUCCACAACCUAAAGAUCUCUGAAUUCACGUGCCACAAAGUCUGGGUUAUAUGAGACAGCACAGCGAUAAAGCCCCACUUAGUGAUCUUGCCUCCUUCUCCUUGCCAAACUUUGGAAGUGCCUCUGCGUCCAGACUUUGAACUUGCCUUCAAGCCUCCGGCAUCGGAAAAGGCUAAGUCCUGGCCGCAGGUGUUCCCGUGUAACAGGAACUGUCUCUGCAGUCCGGGCUGUGCCCGCGGAGCAUGUUGGGAGCUUUGGGGUUGCUUGGGAGGAACUAACAAAUCGUUUUAUCACCUGGAGGACCCCACUGGACUGUUCAUCUUCCAGCCAAAUCCAAGGAGGCUGAGCGAACGUUUCACAUAAUAAAUGUGUUGUCGCAGUUGGCAACAUUCAUGCUGAGAAGAAGAGUCUGCUCUGUUUGAUUUGAGCACCCUGAGAAACGGGGAAACCCAUCGCAGGAGGGGAAGGCUAAGACUACGUGUGAGAAAUUCUCAUAAGAGCUACAAAGCAGGCUGCUUAUCUUAGCAGCUGAUGGUUGGUUGUGCCUCUGCCCGUUACUGGGUGUGCUGUUCCCAACGUUCCCACAGUGACUUGGCAGAAACACAAUAGGUUUCUCUUCGUGUGAUCUCAGCUUCAAGCAGUUGAGACUGCUGUGCAGAGGGAGUUGGUCUUUCCCAGUGAAAGGGUUGCAGCCUGAAAAACAACACCAUCUAGUUUAGUGUCUCUCCUUCGGCAAAUGUUUCUUUUCUAAGGUGACCACCUUGUCUCUUACAGCCAGUAGCUGUGGUCUGCAGGAUCCUUUCAUAUGAAAUAUGGGUAGAGUGGUAGAGGCUCAGAACCGUCAUCACAGACACAAGGGCCUUCCUUGGGCUCUGUGUUCACACACCUAACCCAUCUUGAAUUGGAUCUAAACGUACACAUCAAGAGUAAAUAUUAGGGUCCAUAUAUGUAUCUAGAACCCCUGUGACUUGCAGCCUGCCUAGAAUUUCUACCCAUUGGGCAUGCCUAAUAGUAGACACAAAAUAAAUAUUUACCUAAAACCAUUCUCUCUAUCACUAAAAUGGUUUAUUAUCAACCAACCUAAAGAAAUUUUUACCCAGUAUAUAUGUAGGUUUGGGUUGCAAGUUCAUAACUUACCCAAGGACAUAGACCCAGAAAGAUGGCUCUCUUCACACGAUAGUACAAAUCAUACCAUGUCUAUAAAAACAUGAAUUGAUAAUCAAGACAUUUACAUAUAUUCCAACAGUUCAGAGCAGCUCUCUUCUCUGCAUAAUUUAAUAUUGCUCUGUCUGCAUCUGUUAAGACAAUCUGAAUACUUACUUUCUGUGUGUAUGAGGUACCUAUAAGAUGACAAGAACGUAAGGAAUAAAAUGGGAACGCUUUAUGUAUUGUAAAGAAAUUUAUAUCACCUCAUUGUGACUUACCUUUCCCAUUAUACCAUUAGUCAGAUUUGCAAAAAUGGGCCUUGAAAGACAAAAACAGUUUCUCUAGCGACAGGAUUAUAUUAUUGCCAUCAACAGUGCAGCGGUGGUUCACAAGAUAGGCUACAUGUUAACUGAGACCCCUCCCCAUAGCCAGGGAUACUACACUGGGAAAAAUCAGGACCUGCCAGACUUUCUGAGGUAACUGAGUAACUAGGUUAUUAAAUUGCUGCUAUCCUGGACCCAUUACUAAAGACGAUGCUUUGCCUAUGUGAUGGAAUGUAUCCCAAAUGUGGAUGUGUACACUUAAGAAACUUUAAUUCACACAUACAUAUUGAUAUCCAAUGUACGUAUAGUGCACUCAUGGGUCAUAUCCUUCUUUGUUAGUGUAUGUUAAUUAUACAGAAUAGUGGGCUUCAUUGUGUCAUAUUUACAUUAACAUUUUGAUCAUUGGUCUUGUACUUUUUCAUUUAGAGUUUGCACUCUGGGAAAACUUUUGAAUGGCAACCACACCCCCCACCCCAAAUUUUCAUCAUUACUUAAAAAUUUCUCGGUAGUGAGUGACUUUCAUUUCCUUUGAAUCUUUUAAUACUUCAGGAGAAAAAAAAAAAAGACAUGAACUCUUCCAUCAGUGUAUCUCAUGUUGGUAUAACUAUAAA